ACAAAGGUCGCCAGCUUGAGGUUUGCAUUGGAUUUGUGAGUUUUUGAUUGUAGUUAAGCUGGCCAGCAAUAAGUAGGUUAGUUGAACCAGUUGGAGUCCACAUCAUGUUCAGAGCUCUUUUGACACUCGCCUACUUUGUGCUGACUUCCUGUUCCAUUGUGUUCACCGCCUGCAUCAAUAACGUAACUGGCACGGGCACCAGCUCGCCUGGAGGAUCGGGACCAAGUUCAGGUGGAAGCCUGAGCAAUUCAUUGACCAGUGGCGGGCACAUUCAUCGCACGGCGGCGGCCAUUGAGCGGAUAAAUAAAUUGUGGUGCUAUGCCUGUGAUACGAUGGAUGAUGGACAGGCCUGUGUCGAUGUUAUAAUACGCAAUGACACGACGUUGAUGAAGAAAUGCCAAGGCGAGGAGUUCAUCUGCAUGGUCAAGCGCUUCUCUUACACCACCAGCACGGAGAACUCGACCAGUUCGCCAAAGAUGUGGUCACUGGAUCGUCGCUGCACGGCCAACUGUGAGCCCGGUUGCAUCAUCAUUGGUGAGCGCACCAAGCUCUAUGCCUGCACAUCUUGCUGUGAGGAAUCCUUUUGCAAUACAGGACGAGGCGCUGCCUCCGGCAUCUUCCAUCGCGAGGCAACUGGCAUUGGCACACGCAUUUUCUGGCUGGCAGCUCCCUUUCUGGUCAACAUAUCCCUCAUGCUAUACAAGAACCAUGCCAGACAUGUCUUCACCAAGUUGCAAUAGUACUUUAAUGAAUCAGUCGCACUCUUGCGCUCUCUCAAGUUGCUCAAAUUUAUUAUGUAACUGUAAUUGAAACUAGCCAAAUGUAAGAAUCAAUCUCCUGUUUUACCUACUUUGUAGACACUUCUUAGCGUGUAUGAAUGUAGAUAGCCAAUUACUAUGGUGUGAUAAUAAAUAAUUGAAUGAUACUCCUA